CUUCAUGACACACUGCAGUGUUUUUCGUCAGAGUAAACACGAGAGUGAUGGUGAAAUUGAAAAAAAAAAAUAGAUAAAAUAAUGUAAAUGAAUUAAAGAUGCUUUAUCCUUCGAAUCUCUUGGCAUAAUUUUCUGGAAGAAAAAUUAAUAAUUAAGUGAUUGGUAAUUUGUAUCAGUUGUGAUGAGUCCAAUGUUUAUCUGUAGCAUCUGAUUUUGAUGUUUAUUAGACCCUCUUAAUUAGAGCAAAUGACUGAGCCUAUAGUGAGGUCAGAUUUGUUCACUGCUGCUAAACAAUUAGCAGACAGUGAAAUUGAACUAAUAAAAGUAAUCGAAAGUUCCAGCAAGUGCCAAAGAUCUACUACAAAUAUGUUUGAGAGUGUUAAGAAAACAAAGAAGCCUGGAAAAUCAAAAAAUGUAGUUCGUCCAUCAGCUGCACUGUUGGCUGCCAAACGAGAGGCAGCUCAACGACAGCUGCUGUUGAAUAAAAAAUCCAACAAUAGUUUCAUACGAGAUGUAUAUCAAAAUGCAAUUGACGCGUACAAAAUAGUACGAAAGGAGACUGGUCUUGUAUUUGAUCGAAGCAUGGCAGAGCAUGAAUGCCUCUGGGAUCCAAAUUAUCCUGAAUGUCCGGCUAGAUUUACACGAGUUUUGCAAAGAUGUGAAGAACUGAAUUUGGUGCAAAGAUGUAAGCGCGUCGAAUCAAGAUUGGCUACAGAAAAUGAGAUCCUGACAAAGCACAGUCAGAAACAAAUUGAUAUCUUGAAGGCAACAGAUGGCUGUGCAGAUUCUGAGAAUUUGGAAUUGCUUUCUUCCAAAUAUGAUGCUGUCUUUGUUCAUCCAUCUACAUAUAAAUUAUCUUUACUAGCUGUGGGCUCAACAAUCAAUUUAGUGGAAAGUAUCUGUAAAGGCGAAAUUCAAAAUGGUAUGGCUAUCAUUAGGCCACCGGGUCAUCAUGCCAUGAAAUCAGAGUACUGUGGUUACUGCUUUUUCAACAAUGUGGCUAUUGCAGUAGAGAAAGCUUUGAGCUCUAAUUUGGCGAAUAGAAUUUUAAUUGUGGAUUGGGAUGUUCAUCAUGGACAAGCAACGCAACAAAUGUUUUACAAUGAUCCACGUGUAGUCUAUUUUUCUAUACAUCGUUAUGAAUAUGGAGAAUUCUGGCCCAAUCUAAAGGAAUCUGACUUUCAUUAUAUUGGAGAGGAUCUUGGAGAGGGUUAUAACUUUAAUAUACCCUUAAAUAAGACUGGUAUGACUAAUGCUGAUUACAUCGCGAUCUUCCAACAAGUUUUAUUGCCAAUGGCUUACGAAUUCUCUCCAGAUCUCAUCCUUAUUUCCGCUGGAUUUGAUGCCGCAAUCGGUGAUGAGAAGGGAGAGAUGUUAAUAACUCCAGCGUGUUAUUCUCAUUUACUAUCAUCGUUAUUAAGUCUGGCAGCUGGAAAAGUCGCCGUAAUUUUAGAGGGUGGUUAUUGCUUGAAAUCUUUAGCAGAAGGUGCAGCAUUGACUUUAAGAACUUUAUUGGGUGAUCCAUGCCCUAUUUUACAAACACUUGACUUGCCAUCAUCAAGUAUACGUGACACUAUUCUGAAUGUAAUCUAUGCACACAAACCAUAUUGGAAAUGUUAUCAAUACCAAGAAAUGCAUAGUAUCAAUAGCAUAACACAUAACAAGGAGGAAAUUGCUAAUAGACAUGUAGUUAUGGUUACAUACAAAGGCAACGAUUUUAAACCAGAUAAAUAUGAAACUCGAAAUUGCUAUCCUAAACAAAGCAAAGAAGUUUUGGAAGUCAUCGAUAAAAAAUUAAAUGAAUUGAUAUUACUUACAAGGUUACAUAAGGCGCCUCACAAAGUGUGUAUCGUUUAUGAUGAAAAAAUGCAGAAGCAUUGCAAUAUCUCUGACAAUAUCCAUCCAGAGAAACCAUCUCGCAUCUCUAGCAUUUAUAAUAAUCAUGAAAAGUAUGGCCUGUUGGAACGGUGUCAUUUGCUGCAAGGAAGGAGUGCGACACUAGCAGAAUUAUCCUUGGCUCAUUCAAAGGAUUACAUUGAUAGUAUCAAAAGGACUUCGACUUUAAAACCUAAGGAAUUGCAGAAGCAAGCGUCGGAUUAUAAUUCCGUUUAUCUUCACAAUGAAACGUGGUCAAGUGCCUGCGUGUCUGCCGGCUGCCUUUUAAAAAUGGUGGACGCGGUUUUAAAUGGAGAAAGUCAAUCCGGAAUAGCCAUUGUGAGACCACCAGGACAUCAUGCUGAGGAAGAUAAUGCAUGCGGUUUUUGUAUCUUUAACAAUGUGGCUAUAGCUGCGCAAUAUGCCGUACAGUUUCAUCAUUUAAAGAGAGUGUUAAUAGUGGAUUGGGACGUGCAUCAUGGUAAUGGGACGCAAUCCAUCUUUGAAGAAGAUCCCAAAAUUCUUUAUAUUUCUGUACAUCGUUAUGAUAAUGGGAGCUUUUUCCCAAAUUCCAAGCGAGCUAAUUAUACGAGCGUUGGCUUAAACGCAGGCGAAGGAUUCAAUGUAAACAUACCGUGGAACAAAAAAGGAAUGGGAGACGCUGAAUACAUAGCAGUUUUUCAGCAAGUCGUGAUGCCCAUUGCUUAUCAGUUUAAUCCAGAACUGAUUUUGGUUUCUGCUGGAUUUGAUGCUUGUGUGGGUGAUCCACUCGGAGGUUGCCUGGUAAGUCCGGAGCUCUAUGGCCAUUUGAUCCAUUGGCUUUCGUCCCUGGCCAACGGCCGCAUAAUCCUCAGUCUUGAAGGAGGCUACAACAUCAACUCCAUUUCUCAUGCGAUGACCAUGUGCACCAAGGCUCUCUUGGGCGAUCCGCUGCCCAUGCUGGAUUCCGGUUUGAUCCCCUGCUCUAGCGCAGUUAAUUCCAUCAAUAACGUGUUGAAAACUCACAAGAAAUUCUGGCCUAAUCUGCAAUAUGGAAUGUCCUUGCCGAAGGAAAAACUGCUCCCCAAACUCAAGAAAACUCUGAACAAGCUUGACGAACAAGGAAGAAUCACAGAAAAGCCAAAACAAACGGAAUCGAAAAUUGCUUUAGAAGUAAUCGAAAGUGAGAAAUUGGAAUUGAACUUGGCGAUCGAUAAGAAUCGUUUGAACCUGGUGACGGAUGAAGAAAUUCUAAAGUUGACAAAUGAAGUGGAGAAUAUUAAAAUUAAGAACUCUGAAUUGCGUCCGACGAGAAGCGCAACGGAUGAGACUAGGAGAAAUUCUGGAUUGAAAAAGAGCGAAAUGAAAAAAUUGGAUGCUUCGCAGAGUAUACAGAAAUGCGUAAACGAAACGAAUCAAUCGAAAGACAAUCAACAAGGAGGUUCUCGUAUACCCGAGGAUCGCGAUGACGAAGGCGCAGCAUCUCUACAACGUGAAACACAAUCGACGACUCUUCUAGAGUAUCUCUCCGAUAAUCUUCAGGCUCUGACAGCGGGAGAAAUGUUCGCGGUGGUACCUCUGCGAGAUUGUCCGCACUUAUUUACAGUCAACGAAGUUCCUCCCAGUGGAAUUGAUGUAACUUUACCUUGCAUGGAGUGCGCCAGCACCGCGGAGAAUUGGAUCUGCUUACAAUGUUACACCGUACAUUGCGCUCGCAGUAUCAAUCAACACGCAAUGCAACACGCAGAGGAAUGCGAGCAUCCCAUCACGCUCAGUUUCAGCGACAUCUCCGUUUGGUGCUAUGGUUGCGAAGCUUAUAUUGAUAAUCCUAGAUUAUACGCGGCAAGAAACGCAGCUCAUCAAAGCAAAUUCAAUGAAGAGCUUCCCUGGACUUAUAACGAAAAUGACAUAUAAACGCAUCUUAGUUAAUUAAAAAAAAAAUAAAAUUAACAAAAUAAUUUAAAAAAUUUCUAUAAAAUUUGGGAUUAAAUAAAAAAAUUUGGAAAAUAAUCUAUAUUCUACAAUAUAAUAUGUUAAUAAA